AACCAAACCAUUCUAAUUCUUAUACCCAAAUAACCCAAACCAAACUGAACUCAUAAUUAAACCGAAAUUCUCACCCCUUAUUUGCAAUUACGUCCUAUAUGAUAGGUGAUACUUGAUGAAUUACACAUUUACUAUUACAAAUAUGUCUCUCACACAGGUUUCCAAUCACUAGCUUAGUCUUAUCCAUUCACAUCAUUUACUUUACAAUAGCCCCCUUAAUAUUUAAAUAGUUAUGAUAUAGCCUCGUAACUUUGACUAUUGUCAUUCUUUUCCACAAAUUUAAAAAUAGAGCUCAGGAAAGGGAAACCCUUCAUCCAUUUGCCCGGAAAAAAAGAAACUAAAAACAAAAGAAAAUGAUGAUGAUCGGUAAAAUAAGCAAUCCUAGAAUUAAAUGGUAUCUCCUCUUUCGAAUCUCCACCACUAGAACCAAGAUUCUCAAUCAAGAACUUCUAAUAAAUAACACAUGCAACUCAUAGAUGAAAAGAAAGAAACAAAAACUCAUUUUGUUUUUGUAUUCUCCUCGUUGUUUAAAUCCAGAAACAACACAGAAGAUAGAAAAAAUGUCGUUUACAGGAACAUUGGAUAAAUGCAAGGCCUGUGACAAAACCGUCUACGUCAUGGAUUUGUUGACGUUGGAAGGAAACACAUAUCACAAAAACUGCUUCAGAUGCAGCCAUUGCAAUGGCUCUCUCGUGAUAAGUAACUACUCAUCAAUGGAUGGAGUUCUUUACUGCAAGCGUCACUUUGAGCAGCUUUUUAAAGAAUCUGUCAAGAGUCUUCACACAGGAGGAAAGACAGACAAGACGAAUGAUCAGCUAACUCGAGCUCCAAGCAAGUUAUCUUCAUUCUUCAGUGGAACACAAGACAAGUGUGCGACUUGUCAGAAAACCGUUUAUCCACUUGAGAAAGUAACAAUGGAAGGAGAAUGUUUCCACAAGACUUGCUUCAAGUGUGCACACAGUGGUUGUCCUUUGACUCACUCUUCUUACGCUUCUCUCAACGGUGUCCUCUACUGUAAAGUUCAUUUCAACCAGCUCUUUCUCGAGAAAGGAAGUUACAAUAACGUCCAUCAAGCUGCUGCUAACCACCGUCGAUCCGCCUCUUCUGGUGCCUCUUCUCCUCCUCAUGACAACCACAAACCUGAAGAAGAGGCCGUGGCUCCCGAGGGAGAAGGAGAAGGAAAAGAAGAAGAAGAAGCCCCAGAAGCUGCAGGAGAAGAGCCUGAGCCUAAGGCUGAGUAACUAUACUACCAGUUCUCAAGUUUGAAGUUUUAUAUGCUUUUUAUGUUUACAAAUUAAUAUAUGUAUACAAUCAUUCUUUUUGUAAAUUAUUGUAAAGCUUGGAGAGAAUCUGUUGUAAAAACAAACAUUUAACAUCCAUUUUUAAAAAGAGUA